AUGGUGUACAGGUAUACGGUGAAUAUAGUUAGAAAAAUAAAUUCAACUAAUUAUAUUAAAAAUCCAUUGAUACAAUUUUGUAAAGAUUUAGAAAAACGUAAUUUAUUAUCAUCAUCUCAUCCGGGUGAAAUUUUAAAAGAUGAAGGAGUACUUUUAAAAGAUUUACCAGCAUCUUUAUAUGCUGGAUUUGAUCCAACUGCAAAUAGUCUUCAUAUAGGAAAUUUAUCUAUUUUAAAUGCAUUAUUAAGAUCAAAUAAACUUUUUAAUUGUAAACCAAUUGCUUUAAUUGGAGAAGCUACAGCUUUGAUUGGUGAUCCAAGUGGAAGAAACUCAGAAAGACCUCAAUUAUCAAAAGAAGAAGUUUUUGAAAAUUCAGUUGCUAUAAAAAAUCAAAUAUCAAAAAUUCUUUCAAAUGCUAAUAUUCAAAUAGAUGUUGUUAGUAAUAUGGAUUGGUAUAAGGAUAUGUCAAUGAUAGAUUAUUUGAGAUUAUCAAAAAAUUUUCGUGUAGGAGAAAUGAUGCGUAUGGGUGCUAUAAAAGGUAGACUUGAAGAUAAUUCAGGAAUAUCGUUUACAGAAUUUGCCUAUCAAACACUUCAAUCUUAUGAUUUUUAUUAUUUAAGUAAGACUAGAAAUUGUUUUUUUCAGAUUGGUGGAUCUGAUCAAUUAGGGCAUAUUGAUUCAGGAUAUGAUUACAUAAAAAGAUGUACAAACAAAACUUCUGGUGGUAUUUGUCUACCAUUGUUGACAGAUGCUUCUGGUAAUAAACUUGGAAAAAGUAGUGGUGGUAGUAAUCUAUGGUUAAAUGGAGAAAAAACUUCACCAUAUGCAUUUUAUCAAUUUUUUAUGCAACUCCAUGAUGAUAUUGCUGAAAAAAUGUUAUUAUCUUUAUCAUUAAAUGAUAUAACUGAGAUUAAUCAAAUAAUUGAAAAUCAUAGAAAUAACCUUGGACAGUAUGUAGCUCAAAAAAGUAUAGCUGAAGAAAUGACAACUUUAAUUCACGGAGUAGAUGGUUUAAAUUUAGCAAAAAGAUGUUCAGAUAUUAUAUUUAGGGGAAAUCUUACUGAUGUUGACAAUAUUAGUGAAACUCAACUAGAGGAACUUUUUGGUUCUUCUUCAUUUAAAAUACCCAAAAAUUCAAUAUUUACUUAUGGUCAAUUAGCAAAUUUAACAAGAAAAGAUAAAAUUAAAGGUGAACAAUUGAUGACUAAAGGUGGUUUUAAAGUAAAUGGUAUUUUAAUAACCGAUCCAAAUAAAAAAAUAGAUUUUUCUACUAUAUUAUUUAAAGACAAAAAUAAAUCUAUUAUUAGUUGGGGAAAGAGGAAGUUUUUCCUCAUUUAUUGGGAAUAA